GAAAACAUGGCUGCCUAGCACCGGGUUGGUCGGGAACGUCUGUGUUGCAAAAAUUAGUUUCCCCUAAGUUUCCCAUUUUAUUGUAUUAAAUUUGCCCGGAUUCGGUUGAGUGAUGGCUCCGUUUAGCAACUAGUGAUUAUCUUGCUGGAAACAGAUCAAAAUACCACACCGAUCAAGCGGGAAGGGACCAGAAACGAGAAUAUGAGUCACCGAGACCGACAUGCACGAGAUAACGAUGAGCGGUCUGCUCAUUCCUCUCGCUACUAUGAUGAUAGAUCAACGCAGUCAAGGCACUUCACGUCUUUCAAAUCGUCUGAAAAACGUUCUCGCUCUAGAACUCCGGAAAGAAGUUAUUCAACUCAAAAGCGACAUACUUCUUAUACCAUGAAACGUGAAAGAUCUCCUUCUGAAAGUCCAAAGCGAAAACCGUUUGAAAUUGAAGAGGAUCUUCCAGGUACUAGUUACUCGAAACAGUGCCCUAUUAAGUACGAUGAACCCAAAGCACUGAAAUCUCCCCAAAAGAACCAGGGUGAAACCAAUUUGAUUAACUUUUCCUUUUUGGACCACAAAAGCUCUCUGAAUCGGGUUCUACUUGGCUACUGCAGUAGAGAUCAAUUGGUCACGGAUGCAAACGACUUUUGGUUGUUCCUCAACAAGUACGAAGCCCUACUGAAGCGAUCAGGGCAGUGUAUUCUACCGGUUCCGCCGGAUCCCACUGCUCCCCGUGUGGUUGAUGAACCAUCGCCGACUCAAUACGAGAAGGCUUUCUGCUCUGGAACAAAAAUUUCGGUACCUUUUGAAGAGUUGUACAGUCGGCUGCAACACUUUGACCAAAGCGGGAGGAUCACUGAACAAAAGUUAAAACAGUUCCUACAGAUUGUAGUGCAUUACUUGGAUUUUAGGCAGAAGGAGAGAUUUAACAAACUGCGAAAGCUUCGUAAAGCUCAGGCCAAUCUCCCAGUAGCUAGCCAUCGCGAUGAAAUUGUAGCUGCGGUGAAAAAUGAACAGAUCGUAAUACUAGCAGGAGAUACGGGUUGCGGUAAGUCUACACAAGUGCCACAGUAUCUUUAUCACGCAGGAUACGAAAAGAUUGCCUGUACGCAACCAAGGCGUAUUGCGUGUAUAUCGCUUUCUAAGCGAGUUGCUCACGAGAUGUUGUGCGAAUAUGGAACACAAGUCGGGUACCAAAUUCGAUUUGAGAGAAGCAAGAGUACUCAAACAAAUAUCCUUUUUAUAACGGAAGGUUUGCUAUUGCGACAAUUGUCUGCUGAGGAGAAUCUUUCGCAAUAUUCGGUGAUAAUUUUGGACGAAGUUCACGAGCGACAUCUGCAUGGAGAUUUUCUUCUUGGCAUCACUAAAUGUUUAAUGCGAGCAAAACCAGAUAUAAAACUGGUUCUUAUGUCCGCAACUAUCAAUAUCAAACUAUUUGGCGAUUACUUUGCCGAAGAGAAGGCACAAAUUAUCGAAGUUCCUGGGCGACUGUUCCCGAUAAAAUUACAUUACAUGCCUCAGAUACAGGAUGUGCCUACCACUAGCAGUGGUAAGAGCAAACAAAAGACGAGUGACCGCAUUAGUCCAGAACCAUAUAUUCAGAUCUUGCAGUUAAUAGACCAGAAAUAUCCCCCAACAGAAAAAGGUGACGUUCUAAUAUUUCUAAGCGGUUUAAAUGAAAUCACCUCGAUCGUAGAUGCAGCCAAAGAGUAUGCGGAGAAAAACAAGAACUGGAUUAUUCUACCACUGCAUAGUACACUAUCAAUCGCAGAACAGGACAAGGUGUUCGACUACCCACCCGAUGGAAUUCGAAAGUGUAUCAUUUCGACCAACAUUGCCGAAACCUCGGUGACCAUCGAUGGCAUCCGGUUCGUGAUCGACUCGGGCAAGGUUAAGGAGAUGAGUUAUGACGCGACCACCAAAAUGCAGCGUUUGAAAGAGUUCUGGAUAUCCAAGGCUUCCGCAGAGCAACGUAAAGGACGUGCUGGUCGAACUGGCCCCGGCAUCUGCUACCGUCUGUACUCGGAGAAGCAAUUCUACGACUUCGAGUCGUACACUACGGCCGAGAUAUUGAAAGUUCCGCUGGAGUCACUGUUGUUGCAGAUGAUUUCAAUGGGUCUACCAAAUGCUCGAAUGUUCCCGUUCAUCGAGUCACCCCCGGCAGAAAACAUCGAAAAUGCCAUCAUGAAUUUGAAGCAUCAUGAAGCAUUAACAGUCGACGAAAAGCUGACUCCACUGGGCAAAGCAUUGGCGAGAAUUCCCGUUGAUAUUGGCAUUGGUAAGAUGCUAUUGAUGGGGUGUGUGUUCCAACAAUUGCAACCGGUAUUGACCUUGGCCGCAACGCUCAGCGUACAGUCGCCGUUUACGAAUCGUGCAUAUCGAGAACCGGAAUGUGAGCGCGCUCGGAAAUCGUUCGAAUCCGAUCAUGGUGAUCCCAUUACGCUGCUCAAUGCAUACAAAGAGUGGUUGGAGCUGAAGCAGAACCGGUUCGAGUACAGACGAGACGAACAUCGGGAAAGUUCCAAAAGUUGGUGCCGCAGGCGAGGCCUUGAGGAGCAACGGUUCUACGAAAUCACCAAACUGAGGCGUCAAUUUCAGGACCUGCUGCAAGAUUGUGGUCUCAUGGAAAACGCAAACUCAGACAGUAUGACCAGUGCUGAACGUGCUCUUCGACAUGGAGAGCUGAAACAGCUGAAAGAGCUGCGGAAGUCUCAUCGCAUGGAAGCACCCAGGAAGCGAAAACUGCUGAAAUCGGAUCCGUGGGGUCUAGAAGAAGGCGAGGAGGACGAUGGAAAAGUCGACAUAAGGGAUGUGGAGUUUCGAUUGAGUCACGAUUCUUCAAAGAUUCAGGAUUUAGUGUCCGGGGCCACAGCUUGCAGUUAUCGAGAUCUGAUGACCCUGAAAUUGAUUCUGGUCAGUGGGCUGUACCCACAGGUCGCCAUUGCAGAUGAUUACAAUUAUUGCAAGAGUCCCACAGAGCAGUUUUUCCACACCCAAACCAAACCUUACGUUUCACUUCAUCCAAUGGGAUACUUUGGAAACAAUACUGAAGUUCUCCAAUUGAUGGAGGAUGACAUAAUAGAAAAAUCUGGACUGUACAAAUCACGGCAGCCGCUGAGCUCCAAACACCAAAUUCUAUGCUACCUAACGCUUCUGGAAACGAACAAAACUUAUCUGAUGAACACGUUAAGGAUGCCAGCAGCCCAAACGCUUCUUCUGUUUGCGCAUACAAUCGACACGAAUUUAACGUUUUCUCGGAUCAUAUGUGAUUCUUGGUUAUGCCUUGAUUUUCCUUCUCCAGAAAGUGGUCAAACUUUGCUGUACAAGGCUUCGAACUUGAGACGACUGUGGAACAAAAUGUUGGCAGAGAAGUUGAAAGUCCUAACUCAUACAGCCGAUGAAGACCUCUCCAGAGCUGAUCGAGAAAAAUCGAUUGAACAGAUGAACUAUGAGCUGUGGCACGAUUUGGCGCAGUUCAUGAACACAGAGGUUUGCUACACUUUGAAGCGGAUGCUUCCCGCUGACGUGAAGACAAUGUACAAAGGUCCAUCAUACGAUCAAACUCUCGAAGUCGAUCCAAACCCAUUUGCCGAGGAAUUCAAACCAAUUGGUAACGACACGAAAGGUGGCGUCCAUAUCACGGAGAACAUUAUCUAUGGAUGUAUAAAUGAAACUGAUUGGAGCAUGCAAAUGUUGGAUGAUAUCUUGUCCAAUGACUGGGAAUGCAAUAACUGCAGUUGUGUGUACAACUUGACUGGAGUUCAGAAACUGCAACACAAAAUGGUAAUGAAAAAUAUUCCCCAUACACACGCAUUGAUUGAACCGGAACAGAAAAGCUGUUAUUAUUUCGCUUGAAGGACGACCGAUGCUGGAGAAGAUCAAAUGUGGCAGUAGCAGCCAAUAGUUUAUAAACGAACUGUCCAAGAGCAAUAACCUGCUUACCAAUAAGUGAUUGUUAGGAAUAUUACCAGUGAAUUCGAAUUAAAUUGUUACAUGACAAAAGAAAUUUUAUACAAAAUGACGACUUUGUUACAUACUACUGGUGUGUAUAAGUUUGAUUUUUAUAUCGAUCCUGUUCAUUUGAAACCUAA